AUGUCUUUUCAAGGCUUAACACCAGAAGCACUUGUUGAACGAUCGGAUAGUAAGAAUCCCGCUACCACGUGUAAAGGCCUUACAAGCUCUGGAAGGCCAUGUCGUCGAGGUUUGGCAGCCACGCCAGGUUCUUCGCCUGCGAAUUCACCUUUUCGGAAGAGCGACGGCAAUGGCACUGGUGUUGUCGCCAUUCUGAAUGAAGGAGAUGCUGCUGCCUUUUUCUGCUGGCAGCACAAGGACCAGGCGGAUAACCUCGUCGCCCAAAUGAAGCAGAACCAGCGCGUGGAUGACCAGACUACUAGAAUAGUACCACUUCAGAAGCGCAGUAGCAUCGACACACUUGCCGAAAAAGUCGGCGUGCUGGACCUCGAGGCUGAGAGUGAGGUAGGGCACAAAUUCAGGAAGCGAAGGGUGAAGAAACGAGACACUCUGCCCACCGAGUGGCAGCGUAUCGAAGGACCACUGAUGAGCAUUCCCGCUGACGUGGUAGAAGAGACAAUACAGCCGCAAAGGCAAACGAAGAAGAAGCAGGAGAGCUACGGCAGAUCGAAUGUGAAAGCAUCAUGGAGUUGUUGUAUCAGAGCGGACAAUGACGAAGAUGAGGACUUGCCUGUACGAAGGAGGAAGAGACGUUCAAGCCAAACAAGGCCAAGGCCACAGUCGUACAGCACGAGACCUGCACAACCUCAGAUGCAAGAACACUAUGAUCCUCGAAGGCAGAGUCAGAGCCGUCGACAUAGUCAAGCACAACUCACGCCUACCAGACCACGUCCACAACCAGUAGCACAUGCCUCAUCACCACCACACACCCAGACACAAAACUUCCUCUCUUUCAUUCCACAGCAUCUCGACCUACCAACGACAUCCACCCUUCUUGCUGAACUGGCGAAACCAUUUGCCAAGGACGACGAAGCCGGAUACAUAUACAUCUUCUGGCUGACACCGACCACUGAAAACAGCACACCCGACGAUGACGUCGCAUCAACCAUUCUCGACGGAGAUAUCGACUACCAACACACAUCACGAAAUCGCAGCACUAUAACACCCUCCACUGAUCCUCGCCGGAAACGCGCAACUCAACUCGACCGCUACGCCUCGGUACGCAAGAACAACAAUUCUGCGAAUCCACCAAAGAUUCUGCUCAAAAUCGGCCGUGCCCAGAACGUCCACCGUAGGAUGACUCAAUGGACCAAACAGUGUAAUCAGAACAUCACGUUGGUACGCUACUAUCCGCACUACGCCUCUGAGGCAGCUGAUCCAAGGAGUCCUGACGGCGCCAGGGUGCCGCACGUCAAUCGUGUGGAGAGGCUGGUGCAUCUUGAGCUAAGGGGUUUGGGAAUGGGCGUGAGUAAAGUAUGUGAAGACUGCGGGAGAGAGCACAAGGAGUGGUUUGAGGUUGAGGCUACGAGGGCUGGAUUGAAAGGGGUGGACGAAUGUGUGAGAAGGUGGGUUCGGUGGGCGGAGGCGGAAGGAAGAUGA